CGCUGAUGGAUCCCAAGAUGGUGUAAUUGUGCGGUGAUUUGAUUCGUUAUUUUGGUGAACGUACGGUGAACCGAUACCCGUUCAAAAUCGAACGUACGUGCUACAGACUCAGAAAUUAACAGAUUUUAUUCAACAGUUCUUAGCUACCUACUAAAAGUGUUGUCCUUACCUGGCAUAUAAGAUUUUAUUUCAUUACUCUACAUGCUGAUCAAUAAAGAGUACAUUCAGCGGUGUGGUUAAAUCACGUCUUGUGUAGUGUAAUACUACAGAGCUGAUUGUUGGCUGACACACACAAUUCCUACCAAGAUGCCCGAAACGUCUCACCUGAACAGCUGCACUUUUGGGAACAUGCCUCCUGAGCUCCAGCAGGGUACUAUCUUUCUUUUCACCUCAGAGUCAGUAGGAGAAGGACAUCCGGAUAAAAUGUGCGACCAGAUCAGCGAUGCUAUUUUAGAUGCACAUUUGCGGCAAGACCCAAAUGCCAAAGUUGCUUGUGAAACAGUUACUAAAACUGGAAUGAUCUUACUCUGCGGAGAAAUCACCUCAAAGGCAGUAGUAAACUACCAGGAAAUUGUAAGGGAGACGGUGAAACACAUUGGGUACGACGAUUCAUCAAAAGGUUUCGACUACAAACUUUGCAAUGUACUAUUAGCCCUUGACGCCCAAUCACCAAACAUUGCAGCAGGGGUUCAUGAGAAUCGUAACGAUGAGGAAGUUGGUGCAGGUGAUCAGGGUUUGAUGUUCGGUUACGCUACUGAUGAAACAGAAGAAUGUAUGCCUCUCACUGUUGUUCUCGCUCACCGAUUGAAUCAGAGAAUUGCUGAACUCAGACGCAGUGAGGACUUAUGGUGGGCACGCCCAGACUCGAAGACCCAGGUAACGUGUGAAUAUACUAUGGAUCAGGGAGCCUGUGUUCCUAACAGAGUUCAUACAGUGGUCGUAUCACUCCAGCAUAGUGAGAAAAUUACUCUUGAUGAACUGCGUAAGGCCAUUAUGGAAAAAGUCAUCAAGACUGUCAUUCCUGCUAAGUACCUCGAUGAAAGCACAGUUUACCAUAUAAAUCCAUGCGGGUUAUUCAUCAUAGGUGGACCACAAAGUGAUGCUGGUCUAACUGGUCGGAAAAUCAUUGUAGAUACUUAUGGUGGAUGGGGAGCUCAUGGUGGUGGGGCAUUCUCUGGUAAAGACUUCACAAAAGUCGAUCGCUCUGCCGCAUAUGCUGCAAGGUGGGUUGCAAAGUCCCUUGUGAAAGCUGGUCUAUGCAGACGCUGCUUAGUGCAAGUUUCAUAUGCAAUCGGUGUUGCAGAGCCUCUCUCUAUCACAGUUUUUGACUAUGGCACAUCUAAGCUGUCACAGCACAAACUUUUGUCUAUUGUGAAAAAAAAUUUCGAUUUACGGCCUGGUAAAAUAGUCAAGGCCCUAAACCUUCGUAAUCCAAUAUAUCAACAGACUAGUACUUAUGGACACUUUGGUAGAGAGGAUUUUAGUUGGGAACAGCCAAAGACUUUGAUCCUAGAUUGAUAAAUUGAUGAACUUAGAACUUAUUGAUUACCACUGUGAAACCAUUAGAUUUAAUAACUUGUCUCAUGUCCGUGUGUUUUCCUCAACAACAAGUGAAGUCUGCUGAUCCUUUUUCAUGGUGAAUAGGCAUGAUACUAUCACCUGACAAUGAGAAAUAUGGUAUUGGAAACUCGAUCAGAAUAGUUUCAGAAUCUCAGUAUUCAUGAAUAUCAGGUGAAUAUCACAGAAAAAGCUCUGGAACUCUCUGAAUUUAAAAUUAGUCUGAAGUCGAAACCAAUGAGCCUUCAAUUAGUAAUGGGCUAUACAGUGUUCUUUUAAUCGAUCUAUGUGUUAGUAUAAAAUACGUAAUACGAGGCAUCUGAACUAAAAAUAAUUGAUUAUAAUUUAUAGUACUAGCAAUGUAGAUAUAUUAUUUAUGCUAGUUUCAUAGACAACAUUUUAUAUUCAGGCAGCUUCAGUCAUUGCGCUUAGGUUUAAGAAGACAAAUAUUUUAAUACAAUCUCUUGCCGGAUUAAUGGUAAAAUUACUUUUACUGUAUAACUGUAAUAAUUUUAUUCUAGUUUUAUUCUUUUACUCAGGAUGAAUCGAUUUUUUUUAUUGGAACUUUAGGUUUACCCAACGAGGAAAACUCAACUAACGUUUGAUUAUAAAAAUAAAACAAAAAAUAAUUUAUCGCGCCAAAUACAUGCGCAAAUUGCAUAGUUAUAAUUCCGAAUAAAGAGAUUAUUAACUAUAUUCUACA